ACUGUGACGUAAUGCCAUACCAACGGUGAGGUCGUCUCCUGUAAAUAAUAAAUGUAGACUAUGUAAGCUGCGUUAUAGCGUAUUGUUUCGUUUUUUCCCCCUAAUGUGGAACAAAUAUUUAAAUGCUUCUUGUUCAUUUCAGUAGUGGCAGCCCUCUGACCGUAGAAUUAGCUGUCGCCACGGCUAACGUUAGCCUGACACUCAGCUGUUUUGAACGCUAGCGAUAGCUAGCUAGCGGCUGAGCUAACACAGGUUACAACAGGGAGAAUUUAUCAUGCCUUUAAAAGCCGCUUUUUAACUGUGAUGAGCGCAUGAGAUGAUCUGUCAGUCACCAGUAGCCUCUGAGUGACCUGCCUCGUCUCGAAGACCAUCAGUCAAGCUUGUCUUGGCGCUUGGCCUCCAGUCUGCCAUGCAGCUAUGAGCUCUGCCCUGUGGAGCGGGGACAAGGCUAGCGGGGGCUUCAGGGAGGACUGGCGCUUCUACAUGGUUGUGAAGGAAUGCUCUGUGGAGAAGCCUACCCAAAAGACCCUGAGGAUUCCCCGUGGUAGCCUCGGCCAGGCCUGCCAGGAGCGCAACAGCCUGGGCCGAACGCUUCCCCCAUGCAAGGGCAAGAAGAGCCUCCGUAUCCUGGACCAGACCAACGUGGUGCUGAGCCUAGAUGAGCGGGACGUGGUGGAGCUGGACGAGAAGCUGGCUGAGCUGCUUUUCCCCAUCACCAACUGUGAGGAGCGAUACAACUUGCUCUCUGACGAGGAACGGCUCGAACGCGUUCGAGACAUCGACUGUGGCUCCAAGGUGCGCGUCCAGCUGCGCUCGGGGGAUGAACCUCUACCUGGAGUGGUGCGUUUCAAAGGCUCGCUGCUUCCUGACCGAGCCCUCUCCGGAAUCUGGUUUGGCGUCGAGCUCCUGGAGGAGGGUCGGGGCCAGGGCUUCACGGAGGGCUCCUACCAGGGCCGGCAGCUCUUCCGUUGUGAGGAAGAGUGCGGCGUGUUUGUUGCCUUGGAUAAGCUGGAACUCUGGGAGGACGAUGAUAAUGAAAGUUUGGGCCAGCUGGAGGUGAAUCAGAUCAGACUGGAGGACGACCAGGACUAUCCUCCGCUGGAGAUCAACUCCAGGGUGGUGCUGAGAGAGGAGCCGGAGAGAGGAACCGUCAUAUUUUGUGACCUGCUACCAGGGAAUGAGAGCCAUGGUUACUAUGUGGGAGUGGACAUGGACAAUCCUAUAGGGAACUGGGAUGGUAUGAUUGAAGGGAAGCUGGUGUGUAAUUUUGCCAGUUUGGAGCACACUCGACUCGUCCACAUCAGUGACGUAAUGCCAGAAUAUCCCAUGCAGAACCAAAGGCUGCCAAUGCACAGUUUUGCCCCCAGAGGCAGUGACAAAUCCUCCUCUGGCCAAAGCAAACCAAAGAGCAAAGGAUUAGCUCAUCAGUGUGGCAGUAGGAGCAAGUCUGAGUUUUACUAUACUUUAAAUGGCAGCUCUCUUGACCCCCCAGCUCAGCCCAAAUCCAAAAGCACAUGGUACAUUGAUGAAGUAGGAGAAGACCCUGCAAAGUCACUCACCGACACCCCACCUGAAUUCAACCAGUCUCCUCCACCAUCCAGAGCCCCACCCACAACUUCACUGUCAAGUGACAACAAGUUCCACUCGCUGCCCUUUAGCCUGAAUCGUAAGACCCCUGAGAAUAUAAGCCAAGGGCCCAUCUCACUUUCUGUUGGGUCUGUAAUGGGAGAGCAGCUUGAGCCCCCAUCGCCUGCUAACCCUCCGUCUCCUCGGCCUCCGACGCCUCCCCGAGGGCAGUCAGGUCUUGAGGUGGGCUCACUGGUGGAGGUGAAGGAGAACCCCCCUCUAUGUGGUGUUAUCCGCUGGGUGGGCCUGCCUCCUGGCCUGCUGGAGCCUUUGGCUGGACUGGAGUUGGAAGAAGAGUGCCCUGGAUGCACUGAUGGCACCUUCAAAGGGACUCGCUACUUCACCUGCCCACCCAAAAAAGCUCUGUUUGUGAAGCUCAAAUGUUGUCGGCCUGACUCCCGCUUCCCCUCCCUGCACCAUUCCUCCAACCCCAUAGAGCGGUGCAACUCUAUUGCAUUUGGAGGUUAUCUGAGUGAGGUAGUGCAUGAGAACACUCCACCUCGGACAGAGAACGAUGGUCUGGAUGUUAUGGUGGGGAAAAAGAAAGGCAUUCAAGGCCACUACAACUCCUGCUAUCUGGAUUCAACUCUAUUCUGUCUUUUCUCCUUCAGCUCUGUACUGGACACGGUUCUGCUGAGGCCACGUUCAAAAACUGACGUGGAAUAUUACAGAGAGACUCAGGAGCUGCUACGCACAGAGAUAGUCAAUCCACUGCGCAUACAUGGGUACGUUUGUGCCACGAAAGUGAUGAAGCUCAGGAGGAUCCUCGAGAAAGUAGAAGCUGCCUCAGGAUUUACGUCUGAAGAAAAAGAUCCUGAGGAGUUCCUUAAUAUCCUGUUUCAUCACAUAUUAAGAGUGGAUCCACUCCUGAAGCUAAGGUCUGCAGGUCAGAAAGUCCAGGACUGUUACUUUUACCAAAUCUUUAUGGACAAGAAGGACAAGGUCGGAGUUCCAACCAUCCAGCAGCUCCUGGAGUGGUCCUUCAUAAACAGUGACUUAAAAUUUGCGGAGGCUCCGUCUUGCCUUAUCAUCCAGAUGCCACGCUUCGGCAAGGACUUCAAAAUGUUCAACAAGAUUUUUCCCUCCUUGGAGUUAGACAUCACAGACCUUCUUGAAGACACUCCGAGGGAAUGUCGCAUCUGUGGAGGCCUGGCUCUCUACGAAUGCAGAGACUGUUAUGAGGAUGGGGAUAUCACUGCUGGCAAGAUUAAGCAGUUCUGUGAAAAGUGCAAUACACAGGUUCACCUCCACCCGAGAAGAAAAGCCCAUCGACACAACAAACUAUCCGUCCCCAAGGAGCUGCAGGAAGGCACGGGGCGUCAGGGCGGUUUCCCCCGCCAGCGGAUGGAGCUGUUUGCUGUGCUGUGCAUCGAAACCAGUCACUAUGUGGCCUUCGUCAAGUACGGCAGCGCCGAUUCUGCCUGGCUUUUCUUCGACAGCAUGGCGGACCGUGAUGGGGGCCAGAAUGGUUUCAACAUACCGCAGGUGUCUCCCUGUCCCGAAGUGGAAGCCUAUCUGAAAAUGACCCCAGAGGAGCUGCACACCUUGGACCCCAAGAGCAUCCAGGGCCAGGCGCGACGUCUGCUCUGCGACGCCUAUAUGUGCAUGUAUCAGAGCCCGACCAUGAGCCUUUACAAGUAGAUUCCUCUGUCUAAAGCCUACGCCUUUCAUCCUCUGCCACUCCAUCUCCACUUCUUCAGCCUGGAGGUUCAGAGAAAGACCUGAACUCAUAGCAGAGAAGUUGUCUCCCAGCAGAAUGGGGUGCCGGGGGGUGCUGCAGUAUCUGGAGCUAUCCUCUCCCUCAAAGCCGGCUCAUUUCGGGAAGUUAGGGAGAUGGACAAGAGAAGAGAGAAGCCUAUUUGCACUGUGCAUUAGUUUAAAGUACUGUGUUCUUUAUGUAGUCCUAUGUAGCUUUCAUGUGUCUCACAGCUGCACGUCGGCAGUGGUUAAUGAAGCCAAAGUAGGUAUUAUGAGGAUCCACUCCCUGUUUAGGGAGGAUGGGCGGCAGAGCGUGUUGCGUCGUAGUGGCUGACUAAACAUGUGCAGCGAAAACAAAUGGAGCCUGUGGGAGGACCUUGCUCACCUCAUUUACCUUAAGAAAAGAGGAGUCCUGCUAUUCUAAAUCACUGUAAAACAUGGGAGCAUCCAUAUCACACAUUAAGGAAGCAACACAAUGUAGAAUACCUUUCACCCAGCCUAUAUGUGCUGUAUUGAAACCUUGUGCAAAAUCUCUUAGUAGCAUAGAUUUCUCCGGGUAGUAACAGUAUAGUUGUCAACUGGGUGUGCAGUCGCAUUAUGCCCAUGCUCUUCUGCUCUAUAUGACCUGGCGUCCAUUUUUCCAUAACCUCUGUAGAAACGUCCUUCACUGUAUGAUUUGCAGGAUAAAUGCAGCCUUAGUGAAAGUAUCGUGCUUUGCCACAGACGUCGGCACCUUUCCGCCAUCUCCAAGUGGACCUAUCAGGAAACGUUUAAGUUUUUCUUUCUUCCACUCGCCCCCGUUUGAAGUCACACUGGGUGCUAAUUUGUUGGCUGGGGGACAUCAGAGUUUUGUUACAGAAUACAGAUUUGCUCCUCUGCUGUAGCUCUAAAGAAUGGCCUGCAUCGCUAAUGCAGAGUAGGUGGCAGAUAAAUGCAUGAAAGGAGGCUUGUACAAUGGCUUCUAUUGUAACGCUGCUCGGUGGAGCGCUCUGUGCAUUCACAGGGUCAAUGAGGUGAAAAACUGGAGAAGUCUGGCUGUUUUUUCCUCGAGUCGAGCGUGUGUGGUGUGAAGAAAUGCCGCGUCUGGCUCUUUGUGUUAACGAGGAAGUCUGAAUUAUGUUUUAUGUUUACAAAGCCUCUCUUCCCCUCCCCCUGCCUGUCCUGACAGGUCUGAUUUCCAGCUGAAGCAAAGUAUUGACUCUUACUGCCUUUAAUGAAGGUGUGACCUGUGAGAUUUCCACCCUGACCCUAGAUAACAGAACAGAUCUGAUCAAAUAUAAUUUAUUUAAACUCUAAUUAUAACAAAGUCUGAAAAAAAAAGAAAGAAACAGGGUUGAUGACGUUGGGUACUCUCUGUCCACUUUCACUGUAUAUUUAAGUGAGUGUUUGUACUUUAUGUUGUCUUAUAGCAACUACUGAUUUUUAACGGGGACUCAAUUAUCAGUUAACAAGGGAUGGGAAAAGAAAAAGGCACAAUGGGUGUAACCAUGGGACACCAUAUAUCUGUGUAUUUAAAGAGGACAUUUUAUUAAAGAAUUAAAACUGA